AUUCUGGCUUUGGUGAAAAGACUGAGAUGUCAGUGAUGAAAACGCCAGAACAAGCUACACAUCCAGCUAAUUGGGAAGAAGCGGGGAAGUGGGACGUGAGAGGCGGUAGUGAACGCAUCGUGAGGCUGGUCAGACUGGCCAGGUGAGUUUCACCGCUGCCGGGACCUGGGAUCUGACAGAGAACAAAAGGAGGGUGACAGGACAAGGUGUCGCUGCCUGUUUCGCUGAGGAAACUACACGGGGAGUUAUCAACAGUCAGCACAGAAUCCAGGUCCUGAUGUCUUCAGGAGUUGGUUCUGUCACCAGGUUCGACCGGGUGCGGGAGAUCCCACACUAUGACCAGGUCACUGUGGGCUCAUUAUGGCGGGACCAGGAUCUUCCCCUGCCCCCGGCGCCCUUGCAUGGAACAGUGCAGGCUGUCAGCUUAGACCCCCUUCCCCCUCCCCCUCUUCCUGAACAGCCAGCUGUUGGGCCUGAAUCUCUCUACCCUUCCAGUGAUGAUGUGGACUUUGAUGCCAAGGACAUUAAGCCAGUCCACCGCUUCAUCCCCGACUCUGUCAAGAACUUCUUACAUGGCAAUAGCAGUAACCGUGGCAGCAAACGUUGGUCCAUUCCACCUCCUCCACCACAUGUACCUGCCCCGCACUCGUCUGUUCCCUCGUCCAUGAAGAGUGCCAACUGCCACACCACGGUAGGGGUACCCUGCUCGCCCCCCCACUCCGCCCCUCCAUCUCCGUCCCUUCCCGGCUCCUAUUGGGACCGCUAUGGCGGCUCUGGGGGUAGCACCUCUCAGAAGGAGCAAGACAGGCUCCUGCUGGGUGCUGAGGCCCUCAAUUCUGCAUCUGUUGUGCCAACCAACCUCUCGGCCCUGACCUAUGAGGAGCGUGUGGAGGAGUAUCACCAUCGCUAUGCUUACAUGAAGUCCUGGGCUGGCCUGCUGAGGAUCCUUGGCUGCGUGGAGCUGCUGCUUGGAGCUGCUGUCUUCGCCUGCGUUUGUGCUUAUGUUCAUAAGGACAACGAGUGGUUCAAUAUGUAUGGAUACUCCAUACCACAGCUGUUUGGGGGGCUCGGUGGAGGUGUUGGUGAAUACGGAUAUGGGGGUGGUAACUACACAGGCCCCAAGACUCCUUUUGUCCUGGUGGUGGCUGGUCUUGCAUGGAUAGUGACUGUCAUUCUGGUUGUUCUUGGGAUGACCAUAUACUACAGAGCCAUCCUUCUAGACUCCUCUUGGUGGCCACUCACAGAGUGUUCCAUCAACCUGGUCUUGGCAGUGCUCUAUCUAGCAGCAGGGAUAGUGUAUGUGAGGGACACCACUCGAGGGGGGUUGUGCAACAUACCGGUCUUCAAUAAUGGAGUAAACGGGGCGUUCUGUCGCACCGAGGCUGGGCAGACAGCAGCCAUUGUUUUCCUCUUUAUCACCAUGGUGCUCUACUUCAUUAGUGCAGGAGUGAGUCUGAAGCUAUGGAGGCAUGAAGCAGCCAGGAUGAAGAAGGAGGGGCUGGCACAGGAGAUGAAAACUAUUGUAUCAUCGGUCCCUCUGUCUAUACUGGGUCCAGCUUCCAGGGCCUCAGAACAGACUCCUCUCCCUACCAUCUACCCAGACAUCAUGGAUAGCCGGAACAACUCUGCAGGUCCUCCUCCGAUGGUGCUAGAGCCAGAGAUCCUUCAGGGUCACAUACCAGCUGGACACAUCCCCAAACCUGUUGUUAUAGCUGACUAUGUGGCGAAAUACCCCAGCAUCCGCUCAGAGGAGGAGAGGGACCAGUACAAGGCGGUGUUCAAUGACCAGUACGCUGAGUACAAGGAGCUGCACACUGAGGUUCAGGCAAUGGCCACCAAGUUUGAAGAGAUGGAUGAGAUGAUACAGAACCUUCCCUCCCGGCCUUCCAGCCAAAUGGAGAAGGAGCGGAUCAGUAGCAUUUUAAUGGAAUAUCAGAGGAAGAAAGCUGACCCAACGUAUUUGGAAAAAAGGGAACGGUGUGAGUACCUAAAGAACAAGCUCUCACAUAUCAAACAUAAGAUUCAGGAGUACAACAAGGUCAUGGAUAGGAAUGAUAGCAACUAAACACUGCAGUUAAAUAUUGCCAUUUACACACCUGGAAUUCAUAUGCAGUCUGCAACUGUAAAAGGAAACAUGAUCUUUUGCACAGACAACAGAGUAGUGGGAUGAGGUGGAGAAAUGAACUGAGCAAGAGUAUGUGUCCACCAGGCAAAAACAACUACCCUCAUUGUUGGUAACCAUCAUUUCUAAUUGUAGACAUGCCAUUAUCACAUUAAAACAGGAGCACAUUCCAUCACUGCUGUUAGUAAUGUCAUCGUGACAGGUAGAAACAUCAUCUACAUCUACAGAAGUUUCCUUAUAAAGAGAUCACCUAAACUGGGAUCUGAAAACAUGGACAUAAUGCAGACGGCUGAAAUGGAUCGGGUGUUACCUAAAUAAAUGAUUAUAUUAUGUCAUUACAUGGACUUACAGCAUACCCUGAUGCAAAUGACAUUUUAAAGGAACAUUUUGGAAAGUGUGCUUUUUGCAAUUUUAUCUAGAGGUAAGAAGAUGAAUAUCAUUUUCAUCACUGCUUCUCCUGUCAGGUAUGUGUUUAGCCUAGCUUAGCAACAGAGACUGGAAGCAGAGGGAAACUGCUAGCCUAGCUAGAAAGAGGCCAAAGCCCCUCUCUGGAUGUUGCUAUGGACACUUUUGUACACCUCAUUGGAUACUUGUGUUUGGUUCCCACAUGAAAUAAACCAGAACUAAUUAUACAAGAAGUGAAAUGAACAUUUCAUCUCAUUGUGGGUAAGAUGACAACCAAGCACAAUUCCUAAAAUGUGUCUGUCCUUUUAAAACAAGGUGUAAAUGGGGUCUCACACCUUGCUAGCUAGACACUCUGUGUGACAAGAUCAAUCAAAUCAGGAAACUGAUGUAAAUAAGGCUGACUCAAUGUUAAUGAAGGCUAUAUGAUAAGAGUAAUAAGCACUGCAGCAGAAAUAGGCUUCAGUAGGGGAACGUUGUAGGUUAGUUUGACAGUUUAUUUUUGUACAGAUACGAUAUAUGUCUAUGUACUGUACAUUAUGUGUCAUACAAUAGAAGUUUAGCUGCUUUCCGUAAUGCUUUCUGUAUGCGGUUUUUAGAUUGAAUUUCUUCUGUCCAGUAGUCCUCUCUUGAAAUGUGAGGCACAAUGUGAACAUUUACUAAAAGCUCUCCACAGUAGAAUAUAUGAAGUGGCUCUCCCCCGUUACUGAAUCAUAGAGUGGGAUAUAACAGAUGUUUUUUUUGAUGUUCUUUGAAUUAGUUGUAGCCACUCCAUUUGUAAACUCUUAUUUGUGUAUGAUAUUUGUGUGUGAUUUGUGUAUGUCAUUCUUUUGUAUCAUAUUUGGUAUGUCGCAAUGUUUCAUGCCAAUUAAGCACCUUUUUUUUAUAUACACGUAU